UUUAUUCCGAUUGGAGCCAGCCUUUUUAUUAACAAAACAAAUCCAAAAUCGCAAUAAAAUGAAGAAAAAGGUACUGCUGAUGGGCAAAAGCGGCUCGGGCAAGACGAGUAUGCGUUCCAUUAUUUUUGCCAACUAUAUUGCCAGAGAUACGACACGCCUGGGCGCAACAAUUGAUGUGGAGCAUUCGCAUGUGCGUUUCCUUGGCAAUCUGGUGCUCAAUCUGUGGGACUGUGGCGGCCAGGAGAGUUUCAUGAAUCAAUAUUUUACGCAGCAGCGCGACAACAUAUUUCGCAAUGUCGAGGUGCUCAUAUAUGUGUUCGAUGUGGAGAGCCAGGAAAUGGAGCGCGACGUCCACUACUAUCAAAGUUGUCUCGAGGCCCUGCUGCAGAACUCACCGGAAGCGAAGAUCUUCUGUCUGGUGCACAAAAUGGAUUUGCUGGCCGAGGAGCAGCGCGAGAAUAUCUUCAAGGAGCGCGCAGGUGAUCUCAUCCGCCUGUCCAUGCCCGGCAGUGUGACCUGCUUUCGCACAAGCAUCUGGGAUGAAACGCUGUACAAAGCCUGGUCCUCGAUUGUGACCAUGCUGAUUCCGAAUGUGGCCGCGUUGGAGAACUCGCUGACGCACUUCGCCAAUGUGAUCGAUGCGGAUGAGGUGCUGCUUUUUGAGAAGGCCACGUUUUUGGUCAUUUCGCAUUGUCGGAGCAAAAAGAAUCGCGACUCGCAUCGCUUCGAAAAGGUCUCGAACAUCAUCAAACAAUUCAAGCUGAGCUGCUCCAAGCUGGGCGCCAAAUUCCAAUCGAUGGAGGUGCGCAACAAUGCCUUUGCCGCCUUCAUCGACACAUUCACCAGCAACACAUACGUGCUGGUUGUCAUGUCAGAUCCCACGCUGCCAUCGGAAGCAACGCUGGUCAACAUACGGAAUGCGCGCAAGUUUUUUGAAGAGCUGGAGAAUCCGAAUAACAUUGCCAUGAACCAUCACAAUCACAAGUACCACUGAUGGACACUCCAAACUGCUCCAACGUUAAGUUUCAAGUUUUUCAUCGUUUCUGUUACUGAUUGUUUUCCGUUACGAGAAGCACACACGUUGUCGCACAUCGAAGCGGCCCGCGUGCCGCAUAUUUCUUAUUAUUAUUAUUGCUUCCCCUAUUAUAUAUAUAUAUAGCCCAGCAUCAUCACCGCCGUAUUUCGAACGAGAGCGAGAAUGAGCGUUGAUUUUUCCUACAUUUGUAAGAGUAAUGCUUUAAAGUUUAAACCACUAGACCUUAAGUUUAUAUACAAGAAACACAUACAAUAUGUUAUAAAAAAAGAACAAACAUUUAUAAAUACAAAAUGCUAAACAAUAA